UCUGGAGAUCAGUUUGCAACAAUCCCGACCAUGGCGUCCAAGAUGCCGUUGUUGCUGCUGUCUCUAGGGACGAGCGGUGCGUUGCUCCUGGCGGCGGCAAAGCUCAGCGACGCCGUGGCCAACACGCCGGUCGUCCCGCUCGCCUUCUUCGCGCUGCUGCCCACGCUCGUGUCCAUCAGCGUCGUCACGGAGGGCCACGGUUGGGGCUUUUUCGCGCAAUUAUGGGAGACGUUGGCCGCCUUGCUAGCCGUCGGUCGCCAGGCUCAAGAGCACAAAAUCACGCCGGCCGAGGCGCUGGCCGCCGCGCGAGCCGAGCUCUUCAGGGCCUUCAGCGAGCGCUGGCCACAACACGGCCACGCGUCGCUCAGUCGGCCGCUCGGACUGAGCAGCCAGCGGCCCGAGGUCGUGUCGUCCAGCACGAGCGGCAGCUCGCUGUACGAACAGGUCAAGGGCAGCCUCAAGGACCAUCUUUUCAGUCGCAGCGCGGCCGACGCGCCCGUGUACCUUAUGGACCCGGCCACGGGCUGUUUCUUGCGAGCCACGCAGCACCGCAAGCUCGUGUUCACUAGCAAGCCCAACGCGUCAUGCUUGUUCCAAAUUGAGCGAGGCAAAACCCACCACUGGGGCUUCCGGGCCGUGGCCACACAGCGAUACAUGGGCCAGAACAUUGUGCAGAAGAUGGUGGCGACCAGCAAGAAACUCCACGCGUGGGAAGCCUUCCGUGUGCUGCAGAGACCCGGAGACAAGGGGGCCGGAGUCUGCAGUCCUCAAGUGUAUUUGAUACUGUGCUCGGCCCGGUUCGGCAAGGGCAUGUGGCUGGCCAACAAGCCCGGGUCCACGAGCUUUGCUCACCCGUCCGUCCCGACCAGCAGAAGCAACAGCGCGAGCUUGGACGACGAAGAUUCGCUCAGUGAACACGACCGCAGUGGCCACGGAUCAUCCCGCAAGCGCGGCGUCUUCUUGUCCAAGCAAUUCGAUCACGCCAUUGAGCUAAUGUACAGCUCGGACCUGUCAGCCUUGAUGGCCGCUGCGGCCGAUGCGUCACAAUCGGGCGCGUCAUCGGCCCGUGCGUUGGCUCGAGCACAGACGGCGCCUCACUUGAUUGGAGGCUUAUUACAAGCCAAGGGCACUACAUUCCAGGCCCCCAUGCUAACGAGAUGGGAGUUCGGUGACGUGCGUCUGCCGUGGCUUGAGGCUGAUGCGAACGCUGCGUCGUUCUUGGAGAUGAAGGAACAAGACAUGACGGAGCUGACGACGGCCACUGUACCGGGCUCCAGUGUGAAUGAGUUCUUGGAGAUGAUCGCCCCGCGCGCUACACGUCUUAAGUGCAAGAUGGAGCGGGUUAAACUAGCAACAUCUGCACCGGUUGGAUCAUCCACAGCCUCUGCGUCGACAGGAGAUAAAGGAAGUGAUGAUACGCUUCGUGACUGGCACUCGCACCCUCGUUUCGGAUUGAUACGAGCGCUCAGUUAUCGUCCUGAGGCAACCACUGUACCUACAAUGGGGAGCAGUAGAGGCACAAGAAAGAACGUGACACUUAACAGCAUGAAAGCUGUUACUAUCGAACAGUAUCACUCGUGCACGGUUGAUGACGAUUCACUCGACGAGCAAGAAGGUGAGCAUAAAACACCGCACAAGGCCUCGCUUCGAUCCAAGAUGUACACUCUCAGUAUCCCUUACAGCAACUGCUUCUCGAUUGAAGUGCUCGUGGAUCUGGAGGAUGUUCCUGUCAGCGAUGAGACGAAGGAACGAGUGAGUAUUACCGAAGACAAAUCUUCUUCGUCGGAUAAAAGCAGUGAUGGUAAACAAGUGAAGACUUCAGGGAACAAGACAGCGCUGCGUCUGCGAUGGCGAGCAGGUGUGGUUUUCUCGCGAGAUACGAUGCUCAAGCCACAGAUCGAGCGUGGAGCGUUAGAAGGGGUUCGAAGCAGUUGUGCGACACUGUUGAAGCUGCUACGAGACUCGAAUACUAGACAACAUUUCGCGACUCCGCCAGUGCGUCGUGGCUCGCUGUUGGGUGACACACCAAGUAGUACACCUACUGACACUGCCGCAGCAUUGGCUUCCAGUGGUGAAGUCUCGUCCAGUCGUGGCACUCGCGGCGUGAAGCCAGAUCUCGCCUUCCUGCCACGAGCAUUCGCCCUGGAAGUCAUGAAAGGCCUCAUUGCUGCAAUUUCGGACGCGAAUCCGCUGUCUGACAGUCUCAGCACUUUGCCUAUCCAGCUGCCGUGGAGAUCUUAUAGUCGUGGACCGUCAUCAUCACGUGGAAUCGUUCCUUCCCAGGCGAUGGUGGCCGCGACUGCCGCUCCUUUCUUCGAGAGCAUACCGGAAGAAUUCGCACAAGUACUAGAGGAGAACAUGGGCAGUAAAGUUACUGCACCGCUGUUUUUCGAAGCGCUACUGUCGGAUGCUUGUUCCUUUUUCCGCUCUACACACGACAGCGGAAACAUGGAGGUUGACAUCAGUGCGUGGCGUGCUAUUGUGGCGUCAGGACAAUCGCGUGAACGAACGAAUGGGUUCAUUCGUAAACAGGUUUUCCGAAUGCCGUUAAGCGGGAUCCCUGGAGUGGAAGUCGCUCAAGUCGAGGACUACCAGUACUACGCCCUUAUCAACGCACGAAGCCAAGAUCCGCCAGUAUCCGCGAACACUGAUAGCGGCCGAGGGGAUAAACGCACAGAUGGCAGUCGAGGAGAUAAGAGAGGAAGCUUUAUUCAGAGCUCUGGUGGAUCUCUCCAAGGGAGGGACAAGAAGCGUCCACCUUCUGGGUUAAGUAAGGACACGAAGACUCGUGAUCUGAAGCCCCGCACUUCGAAACGUCGGCGCUUGGAGUUUGGGAUGAAGUUGUUCGUGCCAGCUUUACCGGAAGGAUCGCAGUUCUCGAUUGAGGUGUUGGUGAUCGUGGAGCCUGCGGACGAUGACUCGGGCGACAACGCCCUUCGCAUCUUCUUUGCCUCACCUCCGCGUCAUCGUCACCCCGAGACGCGUGGACAUGCGGUGGUGAAUCCGCACGUAGUGGCCGGUGUCUUGCGGGGAUUAAAGCAGAUCUGGAAGGAGGUGGCGCAUACCAUGAUGGAAAUCUGCGAGGCCAACAGCGACUAUGUCGUGCUUUCUACGCAACAUUCGCCGCAGUCUCACGGGCUGGACGAGCAGGAGCUAUACUUGCUGCAACAGUCGAGAGCGAAUCCGAAAUUGCCGACACAUGACGAGCUCGCCUCGAGAGUGAUAGAAGCGAUUGCAGCGGUGUAUUGAUGAGCUAUAGGUCGGAUGUGUAGUGGAUACGAGUGCACUUUGUUCCAAGUGGGAAAAUAAUUGACAUCACUGCGGUGUCACGGAUAACCUAUUAUUCUCUAAGAACCGGUUCUGCGGUUGAUGCGGUGGUCUCGAGGAAAUUUGCCACAUUUACCCUUUUCAAACCCAUAAUUUGACUUGUUCUGCAAACUUUACUCCGAGU